GUUUCUUGACGUAGUAGUGGUUAACACCUAGCAUGUUGGCUAAUUGUGUAAACCUGCUCAUUUGGCACCUUUUAAAGUCUUAAGUGUGAUUUUGCGGUGUGUUCGCUCGUUAGUAUGAAAACACCGAGGGACGACAACACUUCCUGAGUCCACACACGUCGUGUCGACAUUUAUCGAUCAUCUUUUCUACAUGUUUUAUUGUCGUGGACAUCACCUGAGUCUGGAGGAACCACAACAACUGGCCAGUGAGGAGUGAAGCUGCUCAGAGAUCUGGUGCCAUCCUGUUUCUCCAGAGGGGAUGGAUCCUCUGGGUGCUCGCUCUCAGUUUGUAGAUAUUCAGACUCUCCCAACGUGGCAGCAGCAGCUGGGUGAGGAUGGUGAGGAGCCGCAGGAUCAGAGCGACAGUCUGCUCAGUCAGCAGGCCUUCCCCUCUCCCUUCCCCUGCAGACCAGACAUCAACCGCAAGAUCAUCCUGUUCACUGGGGACAUCGCCCUGCUGAACUGCACUGCCAUUGUGAACACCAGCAACGAGUCCCUAAACGACAAGAACCCGGUGUCUGACAGCAUCCAUCAUCUUGCAGGGCCGGAGCUGCGAGAUGAGCUGUUCAAAGUUAAAGGAUGUCGGACAGGUGAGGCGAAGCUGACCAAAGGCUUCAACCUGGCGGCUAGGUUCAUCAUCCACACAGUGGGACCAAAGUUCAAAAGCAAGUACAGGACGGCGGCGGAGAGCUCCCUAUAUAGCUGCUACAGGAACAUCAUGCAGCUGGCUGCAGAGCAGUCAAUGGCGUCUGUCGGUAUAUGUGUGGUGAGCACGACCAAACGAGGUUACCCACUGGAGGAUGCUACACACAUCUCGUUCAGAACAGUGCGCAGGUUCAUGGAGAGUUUUGGAAACCGCAUCGAUGCAGUGGUGUUCGCCGUGUCAGACACAGAGGAGCCGGUGUUCAGGAAGUUACUGCCUCUGUACUACCCUCGCUCAGAGAAAGAGGAAAUGGCCUGCCUGCCUCUCAUCCCAGCUGACAUUGGCAACUCUGAGGGUGAACCCGUUGUCCCAGAGAGACAGAUCCGCAUUGCAGAGAAGCCGGGCAACCUUGAAGAUGAUUCAGAUGAAGAGAAUCUAGAGUCAGAUCUGGGUCAGGUGGGAAAUCAUGCUUUCGCCCGGAUGGAGGGCGACGUGGACAAACAGCGGAAGCUGAUCCUACAGGGCCAGAUGUCAGAGGCAGCCGUGCAGAAACAUCACCAGAGGAAUUACAAUCGCUGGCUGUGUCGAGCGAGAGCAGAGGAUCUGUCCGACGUCGCUGCACUGAAAGCUUUAUAUCACACUGGUGUGGACAUGUGUGGCAGGACAGUCAUGGUUAUCGUUGGACGAAACAUCCCAGUCACCCUCAUUGACCUGGAAAAGGCUCUGCUGUACUUCAUCCAUGUGAUGGACCACAUCACGGAGAAGGAGUACGUGAUGGUUUACUUCCACACGCUAACGGGCGAGCACAACCACCUCAACUCCGACUUCCUCAAAAACCUCUACGACAUCGUUGAUGCCAAGUUUAAAAAUAAUUUAAAGGCAUUCUACUUCGUACAUCCAACAUUUCGCUCUAAGGUCUCAACGUGGUUCUUCACCACCUUCAGUGUGUCGGGGCUGAAGGACAAAGUCCGCUACCUGGACAACCUGCACCAGCUCUUCACCUGCAUCAAACCGGAACAGAUCGACAUUCCUCCCUUUGUCGUGGACUAUGACGCACAGAUGAAUGGACCCUACCGUCCCACCAACUCCUCCAGUCUGUGACAGGCAACCGGCCGGACCUCUCUGCCGGGGGGGACAAAAACAAAUGGAAGCUGGAUGACAUAUGGGGACAUCGGUGUUGCCCGUGUUGUCUGACCUCCUCACCUCCUCGUCAAGGCCCUGAAGCAAAGGGCGGGAGGAGGGUGACUCUCCUUUUGUUCCGUCCCUUAUGAAAAAGGACAAAAUGAACAGUUGCAGGCCACGUUCAGAAGCUUCUGGCGCGGUAAGCGGUCAUUCUCACUCACCACAGACUAUUUCGGGAUCUGGUAUGGUUUUUGGAUUAUGCCUUACACCGAGGGUUCUUACUCAGCAGUUUCCUCAAACAUCCCUGAAUAUGAAGCAUCGUGUCACGCCGGACAGUUUCUUAAAUUGUGCCGCCGUAUCACAUAAUCUCGCAAAUGUGUCCGACUUGUUUUCCCCAAAUGCUGGAGGUGCUGCCUGGAUUUCCACACUGUUCUAUCCUUAGCCUGCACAAGACUUAUGCUGCGUUUCACUUAAUCAGAUGUUGGGGUACGACAUUGUAAUAACAAUCCUUCCUGUGGUCACACUCAGAAAGACGGGAAGAAACAUUUACUUGAACGACACAUUCAUCAAACUAGUAUUUAUCCAUCUAGCAAAUUCAAGGAAAAGUUAAACAUUUUCUUAUGAAGGUCAAUACCACUCUCACAUAUGACCCAACCAUUUAGUUAAUCAUCCAACUGUAGCUGUCGCUUUUACUCUUUUGUUUUUUACACUUUUGUUUUUGCCUGGAUUACACAGACAACAUGUGGCACAUUAGUUUAUGAGCUUUAAAGGUGAAAGUAGGCAGAUUUUCUUACAGAGCCCGACGAGCUGCAACUUCAUUUUUUAAUUCCCAAUAUGAAACAUUGUUUUUCCCGCUUGUAGCUAAUGCUUGACAGGAGAGCAUAUAAGGAUAUUUCCUAAUAGGUUGAAAUACUCUCUAAGCUUUAAAUCCAUGCAUAUUGUUGUCGGUGAUGUGCUGGAAAUGUUAAUUAGGAGAAUGUGAAACUCUGCUGACAUCUGCAUCACUUAAACACGGUUGGUGUCUGGCUUUUCUGUUGCUUCAUCUUAUCAUUUCUCAUGUGCUUCUGUCUACAACUCACUUAUUAAAAGUAGCAACAAAACAGUAAAUCCAUCAGACAGACAGCAGAUCAAUCGUUUGAGUGUCAAAUGUUUACUGGUUUCAGUCCCUCAGUUGUAAGAAUUUGCUGCUUGUUACGUUUUAUAAGUUUCAUACCUUUGGUCACGUUAAAAUUGUUAAGGACCACACCCUAUAGGCUGGAUGCAUUGAUCAAUAAGGGCGUGAGUGAGAAAACCUCUCUUCUCUAGGAUCGCUAUGUGAAGAUGCUGUUACUAGUCUUUCUUGAAUCCUAAUUCUGUCUUCAGAAGCAUCAUGAACCUUUAUGUCUCAGCCUGGAGUUCAAGAGAGGAUAUACAGGAUUACAAACGAUAUUCUUCUAUUUCACUACUUUAUUGCUUCAUUUAUUUGCUUCCAAAUCGUCUUUUAAUAGUCAUGAUUGCUGGAAAUUUGACAGCUAACAUUCAGUGUUUAGUAUAACUCACUUUGUUCUAAGGGAACCCAAGCCAACAAGGGUGGGAACUGCUGCUUUUGGUCCAUUCUCACUUUCACCUUAUGAAAGACACUAACAUUUGUUAAUUUUUUCUUUUUUUCUUUGCCAAUAGAGCUUAAAAUCUUUUGUGCCUAUUUCUUAAAAUGAGAUUAUAAUUUUUUUCUGGGUUAUUUUUUCUGUAUUCUAGAUUAUUAUUUCUUUUAUUUGUACAGUUCGUGUCACUCUUCUUCACUUUUCCCAAUAUUCACCCCUGGGAUGACUAGAUCGGUGGGUUUCUCUUUAUCAAUGCAAAUGUAAAUCGAAUGUAGUGAUUUUUCCAGCAGUCAUAAUGUAGUAGACCUCGUCGCUCUGGUACCACAAGAGUCAACACUAUCAUCAUAUAUGUAGGUGAUUGUAACAUGUCACGGUUGGCAGGGAUUUCAUUUUUACCUGCAUGUAGUUCUCUCCUCACCAAUUCUUGCCACACACCUCGUCCAGACGUCAGGGAUCUGCAGCUUUAAAUCAUUCCAGUUCCGGUGCUGGCAGCAAUGGCUCUUAGUGGUAGAGCUCUUGUCCCGAGAUGUCCUGGCUCACAGAAUCCUGAUGUAAGCAAGUCUGCUCACACACACACGAAAGUCACGUGACACCAUCAUGCAGAGUUCAGCCUGAAUCCUGAGGCUUCUCACAUUGUGACUGACACGUCGUUAGAUUUUGUAGACUCAUCCGCCGGGGAGAGGUUUGCUGUGUCAGCGGCUCAAGGACAUUAUGGUGACUCCUGCACUCAAAUGAUUUAAAAUACAGUUAUUUACUCUGUCAAGGACAUUCAUAAAGGUCAUUAUUCAACUGAUAAAUGUUUUUAAUCAUAUUUUUUUUUAAGUAAAAUGGAGGAAGAACACAUCCAAUGGAUUGUUGCUUUGAAAUCCUGCAUCUACAAAAUACCCCUCAUGCUUUAAAGAAAAUAAAGAUUUAAAGACUGGGUGUGAAUUUAAGAAUGUUAUAAAUACAACUGCGGAGAAUUUGAGUAAAUCUUUUGUUGCUGUUUUCCCUUCAGUCGCUUCCUCAAAUAUGAACGACCAGAAACGACUUUGGAUCAGAGAAGUCGUUCAUGUUAAGUUCAUCAUCAGAACUGUGAUCAUGUGAGAAUGUAAAUAAAUAAACAAUGAGCCAAAUUUUAACUUUCUGUAUUAAUAUGAUCUUUUUGUAUUAUUAUUUCAGUGAUGAAGUGAAGUGAGGAAUGCGAAAGGUUUGGAGGAAAUGUUUGUGUUGACAUGUCCUGGUUUGUCGUUUUCUUUUCUUUUUUUACUUAAAACUGAUUAAAAUAAUUUUUGUAAAUGUGA